CCUCCCUCUCCUCCUCUCCUCCCUCUCCUCCUCUCCUCUCCUCCUCUCCUCCUCGACACGCCCCUGGCUGCCUCCUGUGUCAAAGCUUUUAUUUUGGUAAGCACAUGGCACCGCGCGCAGCUCGUCCCCAGUGAUAACACUGCGCGCGCAGCCACAGGUGGUGUUCAUGCGUGCCACCUUCACAUCUGAAACACACAGAGACACAGAGACACAGAGACAGGCGGACUACCAGCGCUUCAUCACUGACUGGAACUCUUUAAGCUCGGUUCGGUUUUGCGUUUUGGACGCAGCUGGUUUGACCGGUACGCAGAGGUUUCACAGGUGGAGACUGCACCUGAAGUCCCGCUGCACUUACCUUUGGGUUUCGACGAGUGUGUGCUGACCUGAUCGCUAAAUGGCGCUGACAGUGAACCUCAUUGGCCCCUCACCAUGGGGCUUCAGAAUAUACGGAGGGAGAGACUUCAAGAAGGCCAUAACCGUCUCGAAGGUCAACGGGGGCAGCAAGGCAGAUCAAGCAGACCUGCAACCCGGUGACAUUAUCUUGGAGAUCAACGGGGAAAACACGGGCGACAUGCUGAACGUGGAGGCCCAGAACAAGAUCAAGAACUCCAAGACCCAGCUGCAGCUGGUGGUGCAGAGACCUGAACCUCCCAGUCCCGGACAGACGAACGGCAUCACCACCCCUGAGCAGCUCACCGGACGUUUCCAGGAGGCGGUAAUCGUGAGUCGAGAUGAGAAUCAGAAUUACAGAGAGUACACCAUCUCCAGCCCCGCGUCUCUGUCCCCUGGACCUUAUUCACCAGAUCCUCCUGCCAGCCCCGACGGGAAGAGGGAGAGGCUGACACCGACCACCAACAAGAGUGUCCAGCUGCGUCCAUGGUCUCCAGAGGAGAAGAGCGUCCACAGACUGUCCAGACCGCUGUCACAGGAGUUCUCCCCUUCAGACUACAGAAAUAACUCUGUGUCCAGCAGAACCCCGACCCCGCCAGCAUGCUACUCACCCCACAGCCCCAUUGAUCGGGACGUACCCAUGUCCCCUCGUCGCAGCAGCACGAGCUCCGACUUUGCCAUGCAGAGGUUCGACAAGGAGUCGGAGGUGUACAAGAUGAUCCAGGAGAAUAAGGAGUCACGCACGGCGCCCCGUCAAUCGAACACCUUUAAAAUGCUGCAGGAGGUCCUGGAGGCCGACGAGAAAGAGGCGGCCCUGAGGUUCCCAGGGAAGCUCUCGCCCAACGUCCCCAAACCAAUGACAUCAUCAGUAGGAGGAGUCAAAAAAACCCACACCUGUGAGAAGUGUGGCACCAGCAUUUUCACAGUGGCUGUGCGCAUCACGGACGACCACUACCGCCACUCGGAGUGCUACACCUGCACAGAUUGCGGCCUUAACCUCAAGAUGAGAGGUCACUUUUGGGUCGGAGACGUGAUGUACUGUGAGAAGCACGCCAAAGAGAGGCACCAAGGCCUAAGUAGCAACCCUCACGCCACCGUGUCGCCUCGCCACUGAGUACGCCGCCUCACACCUGCCCCCCCCCCACCUGCUCUGGACGUGGAGUGCUGCCCCGCUGCCCGAAGCUCCACCUCAUCGGACUCAGUUAUAGACCUUGGGACGGGGCGUGGAGGUGGACGCUGGUCAACGACAUGGCACAGGAUGUUCUUUUCUGAUCACAUUUAACCAUAUUUGCAAUAUUAUGAUUCACUUUUUUUUUUGCCUUUCUUAUAAUUGUAUGAGAACCAGGUCUUUGUUUUUCAUAUGGCUCUGCCUUCACAUUCUUUUUAGGUUAUUCUUAGCUCGAAUGAUGCACAGCUGCUGUGGACUCAAGCCACAUCACAUUGUACUAAGGCCAGACUUACAUAAAACCAACGCUUUAGACAAACUCAACAGGACUGGCUCUCUGACUCUGACGAUCCGGAUUGAUCAUUUGAAUCUCCUGCUGCCACAAAGGGACCAAAAUCUCACCUACACUGCAUGCCAUUAUAACCAUGCACUGCACACAGACAGUGCUAUGUGGGUGUGUAUGAGUGCAUGCUUUCACAUGUAGAAGUGUGGUGGCUUCUGCAUGCCUUUCCUACAUCUGUGUGUGUGUGUAAGAGUGAGUGUGACUGUGUGUGUGCGUGUGCAUGACACAAGUGAAGAGAAAGGAGGUCAAAGUUGUUACAGAUAGAGAGAGUAUGUGAAUUUUGUGCUAAAGUCGGGCCGAAAGCCUUUGAGUUUUUCUAUUUCUUUUGUAUCCGAGUAGAAAAAAAAUGACAAAAAUACAUAUAUGCUGACUUGUUUUGCUGUUUUGUUGCUUAUGAGGGACUAUAGAUUAAUUCAAUAUACAAAUAUUUUGAUGUUUUUGUGAUUGAACUGUAUUCUAUGAUAUAGACCAUUUAAAUGCAUAACGUAUGCACAGGACAUUUAGUGUGGAAAGAAUUGAUGAUGAUGAUACACUUAACAGCAGUACUCAGAGAUACACUAUAAUGUUCGCAUUUCAUGUGGCACUUAAUAAAAUCACACAACCCGAA